CCCUCUCUAUGGGACUAAACUUGUUUCAGGAAAAAGCGCCUGAACAUAUUUUUUUCUCUCGCUGGCUGGGAGAAACAGGACAGCCGUGUCCGUGCCAAGGAGAAGGCGUAGACUUCCUCCACACAUUUCCUCCGCCAUCGAGGCUCAAAAGUUUUGUGGAAUCUUUGUGCAAACGAGAGAAGACUUUCCAGCACCACCUCCACCUCCACCACCUCCACCUGGUUGAGUCUUUUCUUUGCCCUAAAACAACAAGAGGGGAUCCCUCCAUCCGAGGUUUGGCAGACAUGGACUGGGGGACGGAUCUCUGGGACCAGUACGAUCACAUCGACAAGCACACGCAGUCGGGCCUCGACCUGCUGGAGCGUUACAUAAAGUUUGUGAAGGAACGGACGGAGAUCGAACAGAACUACGCCAAACAGCUCAGGAGUCUAACAAAGAAAUACACCAAGCGAGGGAGCAAAGACGAGCAAGACUGCAAAUUCAGCAAUCACGCAUCGUUACAGGAGAUCCUGAACGAGCUGAACGACUACGCCGGCCAACGGGAGCUCAUCGCUGAAAACAUGAUGACCAGCAUCUGUGUGGAGCUCACCAAAUACCUUCAGGAUCUGAAACAGGAACGCAAAACGCACCUGGCCGAAGCCAAGAAGGCCCAGCAGAAUUUAGAGAGCAGCUUUAAACACCUAGAAAGCACUAAGAAGCGCUUUGCCAAGGAGUGGGGGGAAGCUGAAAAAGCCACACAACAAGCAGAGAAAAUAGAGAACGACCUCAAUGCCACGAAACUCGACGUUGAGAAGGCCAAGCAGCAUGCCCAUGCCCGCACACACACGGCGGAGGAGUGCAGGAACGACUAUGCAGCACUGCUCCAGAAAUACAACAAGGAACAAAACUUCUUCUAUUACACUGAGAUACCGCAGAUCUUCAACAAAAUGCAGGACAUGGAUGAGCGUAGGAUUCGACGGCUGGCGGAGGGAUACUGCCAGUUUUCAGACAUCGAGAAGAAGGUGCUGCCCAUCAUCUCCAAGUGUCUAGAUGGGAUCACGACAGCAGGGAAGAAAAUUGAUGAGAAACAGGACUCCAUACUGUUCAUAGAGCAGCACAAGUCUGGUUUUGAGCGACCUGGCGAUGUGGAGUUUGAAGAUUACACCCAAGGAAUCAGAGCAGCAACCUCUGACUCCAGCCUCAACCCACCCAAAGUGCGAACCAAGCUGUGGCCUUUCAGCAAGAAGCACAAGAUAUCGCAUGCUGAAAAGCACAUGCCGCCAGCGGCAGAGGAUUUCUCUCAUCUUCCUCCAGAGCAGAGGAAGAAGAGGCUGCAGGCGAAGAUUGAUGAAAUCACCAAAGAUCUGCAGAAGGCACAGGACCAAAGUGACGCACUGGAGAAAAUGAAGGGUGUGUACGAGCAGAAUCCUCAGAUGGGAGACCCUUCCAGUCUGGAGCCUCAGAUCACAGAAACAACCCAGAACAUUGGCCGUUUGAGGGGGGAGCUCACCAAAUAUGAAACGUGGCUGUCAGAAGCAGUGGGAGGAGAGGAAUCUACCAACGUCAUCAACAAUAAUACUCAACAUAGUGUUGUAGCCGCUGAUCAGUCUCAGAACAUCUACACGGAGUUCGACGACGAGUUCGAUGACGUAGAAACUCCUAUUGGCCAGUGCACGGCUCUGUAUACCUUUGAAGGCAACAGUGAGGGCACCAUUUCCAUUACGGAGGGAGAGCAGCUGAGUAUAAUGGAGGAGGAUAAAGGAGAUGGAUGGAUGAGAGUCCUUAGAGCCAGUGGAGAGGAGGGAUAUAUACCUUCCUCCUAUGUCAGACAUAGCCCGUAACACACACGUGCACACAAACACACACAAACACACUUGUGAGACAAAGUUAAGAGCCAAAGGUGAAUACAAAGUCAUCCAUGAUAAUUGGAACUGUUCUCUACAUCUUUUAUCUCAGCCGGGACGCGCAUAGUGAGAUGAAAGUGAGUGAUUAUAAAGCUCGUUAUCGAGGCUGAUUGCGAUAUCACUCCCUGUAUCCGCUCGCUGCAGCAGGAGAGGCCGUCUCCGAACACGGACUGUCACUUCUGUCUGAUCUUUAUAAAUUUAAGCUCUUUUAAAUCCAGACUUUUGAACGUAUGCCGAAACUCUCUUUUUGUCACCAUGCUGAGUGACGACUCGUUAACACAUUCAGCAUCACAGUAGCCUGGCGCCACAUUUCCUUCUGUCCAUAUAUCCACGCACUCCACUUUCCCGCUGCCUUUUCUAACAACCUGUUCACCUUUAACUUUUUGUAAGACUAGUCCUUUGCUUAAACUUCUUUUUGAGAGGAUAAUGUGAGUUUUUUUUUUUAAUCAUAGUGAUAUUUUAUGACUUAUAGCUGGAUUAAAACCACUACUCUGUAGGGAGUGUGCAAAACAGAACUUCUCUCAAUAGACUUUCACCGUAAAGGACAUAUUCACGAAUGUCAUAUGGACAUUGAAACAGGUUUUUGCUUGCUGUAAUCCAUUUUCCAGCUGUUCAGCUUGGCCCUAAAGAGGAUCUCUUCAUCUGAUGUAAGUGUCCUCGCCGAGUGAAAAGGCUUCAGUGAAGCUAAUCUGAGGCCCCAGCAGUCUGAGUUGGCAUAACUUGAGUGGGUAUCUCCCAAAGUUUCUGUGUUUUAAAUAUAAAUCCAUCUACUUUCUGUAUUAAUAUCCCUCCACUGCAGCUCAGCGGGACAACACUGUCCAGGAAAAACAGAGGAAUUUCAGUUCUAACUUUGAUAACUUGAUAUGAGUAACUCAGAUCUGCUGGGGGUCACAUUAGCUUCUGAUAAACUUCAAAUAUAAUAUGAAAUUUGUUCCCCAACAUGCACGUUGGAAGCACUUUAGGAGGGGAUGUUUUAUAGCCAAUAAAAACAGGUUGUGUAAACCUGUAAACCUGUAUGAUAAAAUGUAGUUUCUCUACCACAUCUGCAAAGAAACUCGCUUUGCGGUCUGUUGUGAAUUGAACGGUUAAAGCUCAAUGCUAAGUAAAAAUACAGCAUCUAGCAUGUUAUAAUUCCUGGCACAAAUACUUUGGUGAACUGCGAGUGUGUGAGGUUGCGGCUUCAGAGAUCAUCACAGAGCACUGACUCGAGAUGAGCAACCCAGCAGUGCAUAGCAAGCAAACAUUAGGUUUUCACAUUUUGAAGUCCCACUUUGCACAAAAGUGGCAGACCAGUAACAAUCCUGGUCAUCAACUGGUUUGUUUUUUAGCUUUCUCAUGCAUGUGUACUCAUUUUAUGGUUUUUAACUGCCUGUUUUCUUAUACUGAGCCUCUGGACCUCUGAAUCUCACUCUUGUUGGCCAUCUCAAAACAUCCGAAACCAUUUAUUCUGACCCUCAUGACCUGCUCAGCCGAAUUUGUAAAGAAUUGUUGACAUCGGGACUGAAUUCGGAGGGAUGUGAGAUUCAGCUCCUCACUGGAUCACUGCCAGGAGUGAUGAAAAAAUUUAAGCACUUUUAAAAUCUGAUAGGAGUGUUUAAAGAUCCGCUCCAGAGUGUUUAUCUUGGUGUGAAUAAUAAAUGCGUGUCUUUUGUGGUCUUUAAGUCGCAUCUCUUUCUCUCUCAUCCAGAAUCUAUGAAUACGCUGAAAAGUUCAUGUUUCAGUGAAUGUGCAAUUGAGGUUUAAAGUUAACAAAUCACGCUCAUGUAACGAUGGUUUGUACAGAGAGGCUUUCCUCAUUCAGCAGAUAUGGUGGAAAUCAGUCUUGUAGUGUUCAACUGUUCACAUACGUCAGUCUGCACAGUGACCGUAAAACAUCCAAAGAAUGAGGAAUAAGCAGAAUAUAUUAAUGAGUGGAGGGGGAUUUUGUAAAUCUCACUCCUGUUGAGCCACAUAAGGUUUACUCAUCUUUGUCUACCACUUUGUCCUGCACUAGUAGAUGUUUGCUCAGCAUUUAAGGGGUAUUAAUGUAUGAUGCAUUUUUAAAGAGAAAGUGUAUGUAUUUACAUGUAUCAUUGGAGUCAUAAAGUCAGAGGGGGAAAUAAAAAAAAAAAGUCUUGUUUC